GCCCCGACCCAAAGUCUCUUGUUUUAUUCUCUCACUGCUGAUGGCUGUUCGCUGAAUGGACUGGGCGCAAGCAUGCCGCCGGAAGAUGGUAAAGAUGAGGUGCAGAAAGAGAAAUACUCCGGGCUUCGGCUGACAGGUAGAACAAUCUCUGCGCGGCGCUGGGAUGAACUUAUGACUGGCAAGAGGUACACUUCCUUUAGCUCGCUGCCCAAUGCCGACACCCAAAAGGCGGUGGUUGCCAUUGGUGUGCUUUACGAGAAGGCCGCACCAAAAACUGGCUCCACUGGCAGCCGCUUUGGCCAAUGGUCCUUCACGGAUCUCGCGCUGCCACAGCCGCGGCUCCUGAAGCUUCUGUUGUUCGGCGAAGCAUUUGAGGCCUGGGAUGCGGACAAGGAGAAGACGGUGCACUACGGAGCGGUCUUCGGGAUCCUCAACCCGGUCGCCAUGACCGGCUCACAAAGCGACACGCUGGUCUCGGCGAAGGUGACUCACUCUACGCAGCUGGUGUUGCUUGGCCAGUGCCCGUCGCUGGGCUUCUGCUCCAUGCGGAAGAAGGACGGCCUGCCCUGCACGAUGCCCUGCAACAAGGAUCAGACGGGCGGCGCGCUGGUGUGCUUCUACCACACCAUGCACCAGGAAGCGCAGAAGGUCAAGAAGUGGGCAAGCCUAAAGGCAGGCGCAGGAAAGGCUGAGACACCCGGCCUGGUGGUGCGCCAGCCGAGCCAAGUUCCAGUCCGCGCGCCGGUGGUUAACACAGGCAGCCCCAAAGUUGACCCAGCACUGCAGCGGCUGUUGAAAGGCCCCUCACCAAGGAAGCAGCCGCAGAGGUCGCAGGAAAAGAUGAGGCCCAAAACCGCGCCGCCAGCUGCGCCUCCAGCGGCCCAGGCCCCGCAGACAUCCCAGGGAUCCUGGAGACCCCAGGGAUCCCAGCAAACCCAGGGAUCCCAGGGAUCCCAGGGACUGCGCACAGUGCCGGCACCCCAGGGCGAAGUGUCUGCAGCGGAGCGGAAGAUUCUAGCCAUGUUCCCAGAUGGUCUGCCGGCGCCGGAUCCCAACCAACCCAUGGAGUCGCGCCUGCGCUUGGCGGGCCUGGCAAGCAAGGCGAAAGGAGAUGAUGACCUAGCAGCUAUGCCCACGCCCCAGCAAGUGCCGCGCUUCCGCACUGCGAGCAAGCGUGUGGCGAGCCCGAAUCGGGGCCUGGCAAAGGAAGUAAGGACUGAAGCCCCCAAGCAGAAGGGCAGCAAAGCGAACUUCCACAAGCUCGAGAGCGAGUUCGGUCGCAAGUGCGCCACCCUCCUGGCGCAGAGCACUGACCCCCGGAAGGACCUCGUUCGGCAGCAGUCCUCGCGGUUUCAGAGCGUGGUGGAGGAGCAGCGGGCGGCCAAGCGCAUGCGGCGGCUCACGGAGCUGGAGGCGCUGGACGCGGCGCAGGAGCAGAUGGAGGAGCUGAAGGUGAUCCAGGUCCGCGCGUUUCGCUGCCGGUCUUGCUUCAAAACCUAUGACUCCGAGCGGCAGCGCAUUUCCUGCCAGGAGCAGGGCCACGAGGUGGCUACGGUCGAGGCGAAGAAGAGCCGUUGGGAGUGCAAAGCCUGCCACUUCAGCGAGGAAGUCCUGGAUCGCCAGCUGCCGCCCUUCUGCCAGCGAUGCCGCGGUGACACUUGGAAGCAGGUCUCUUUGCGCAAGACCCGGCGCAUGGCGCCUAUGGAGCGUGACAUGUUCCUGGCGCGCGGGGAGGAGUUGCCAUUUAUCAACUCGGUGCACAUUCCAGAGCUGCAGGGGACACGCUAUCAAGCGCCCAGGGAGGCCCAGGAUGACUAUGCGGGCCUCUGAGGUGACUCUGCCAGCUACACAUCCAGGGGAAUGGAUAUGCAGAGGUCAA